GCUGGAUCAGAGGAGAUCUCAGUCGGAACCAGAGAGGAGAGGCGGUCUGUCGGCAUCUCUGCUGCCUCCCCCCACCCCGCUUCACCAUGGAUCUGCGGACUAUAAGGGUGUUUGGGAUUACCGCUCGGGUCGCCCUGCUGCUGUGCGGGGUGAGCGGGACAUCAGCGCAAGAGGUGUGUGACAGCGCGCUGGUUUCCAAUCUGCCGCCGUCAUCCUUCAGAAGCUCCUCCCAGCUGUCCAGCAGCCAUGCACCGGGUUUCGCCAAGCUCAACCGGAGAGACGGUGCUGGAGGCUGGUCUCCUCUUAGUUCAGACAGGUAUCAGUGGCUGCAGGUCGACUUGGGUGAGCGAACCAAGAUCACAGCUGUCGCCACACAGGGCCGCUACGGCAGCUCUGAUUGGCUGACGUCUUACCAACUGAUGUUCAGCGACACGGGACACAACUGGAAGCAGUACAGACAGGAGGACAGCAUAGGGUCUUUUCCAGGUAACUCUAAUGCAGACAGCGUGGUUCAGUACAAGCUGCAGCAGCCUGCAGUCGCUCGCUUCCUGCGCCUCAUUCCUCUGGACUGGAAUUCUGCCGGGCGGAUCGGACUGCGCCUGGAGGCCUACGGAUGUCCUUACACCUCAGAUGUGAUGAGCUUCGACGGCGGCAGCAGCCUGACGUACCGACCGGGUCCGGUGCCGAGGCAGGGGUCGAAACAGGUCAUCUCCCUGAAGUUCAAAACCCUGAGGAACUCCGGGACGCUGCUGCACGCCGAAGGGCGGGAAGGGUCGGGCCUCAGCCUGCAGCUGGAGAGGGGGAAGCUACAGCUGCUGCUCAGAGAAGUCACCUCUUCGUUCUCUGAGCCCCGUCUGCUGAUGUCCCUCGGCAGCCUGCUGGACGACCAGCACUGGCACCUCGUCAUCCUGAGACAGAGAAAUUCCCAACUCAACCUCACUGUGGACAAACACACACAGACGGUCCAAACCGCUGAAGAGUUCAGCCUCUGGGACGUCAAACUGCUGAUUGUAGGAGCGUCGCAGAAUCCAGGCACCACCAGGAAAAACUUCCAAGGCUGCCUGGAAAACCUGAUGUACAACGGUGUUAACGUAACAGAACUAGCUAAAAACAACGACCAGCAGGUUAGCAUGAAGGGCAACGUGACCUUUUCUUGUACCGAGCCAGUUCACGUUGCCGCGACGUUCCCGGGACCCAACAGCUUCCUCCGGUUGCCGUGGACGAUGCCGUCCACGUCAUCUGGGAUGUCCGUAGGGUUUCAGUUCAGGACGUGGAACAAGGCUGGGCUCCUGCUCACCUUUGACCUAACAAGGCAAGGAGGCGAGGUGUGGCUGUUCCUGGCGGAGGCGAGACUCCGCCUGCACAUCCAGAGAGGAGGCAGAGCGCUGCUGGAGCUCAGCGCCGGAUCUGGGUUGAAUGAUGGUCAGUGGCAUUCGGUGGAUCUGACCUCCAGGCCCGGCCGCCUCACCAUCUCUGUGGACAAACAGGAAACUGGUGUCGCUCACACAUCUCCCUCGUUUCCUGUCUUGGUGUCAAACCAGAUCUUCUUUGGAGGUUGUCCUGCUGAAGAUUAUAAUCAGGAAUGUAAAAACCCUCACGACACUUUCCAGGGCUGCAUGCGUCUCCUCGCUUUGGACAACCAGCCAGUCGACCUCAUCGUGGUGCAGCAAAGGCUUCUGGGAAACUACAGCCAACUCCAGAUCGACAUGUGCGGCAUCAUCGACAGGUGCUCUCCCAGUCACUGUGAACAUGGCGGCCUCUGCAGUCAGACCUGGACCGUCUUCCACUGUAACUGCUCCGACAGCGGCUACAGCGGCGCCACCUGCCACAGCUCGGCGUAUGAGGAGUCCUGUGAAGCGUACAAACACAGCGGUAACACGCCGGGAUAUUUUUACAUCGACGUGGAUGGCAGCGGACCCAUCAAACCACAGCUGGUCUACUGCAACAUGACAGAUGAGAACACCUGGAUGGUGGUCCAGCACAACAACACAGAGCUCACCAAAGUUCGAUCCUCUCCGGGGGAAAACCAGCAUUUGGUUCACUUUGACUACAUGUCUGAAGAGGAGCAACUAGUUGCCAUCAUCCACCAAUCAGAGCAUUGCCAACAGGAACUGUCCUAUCAGUGCAGGAAGUCCCGCCUACUCAACACUCAAGAGGGGUCUCCAUUCAGCUGGUGGCUCGGCGGGCCCGGUACCGGACUGGUCCAGACCUACUGGGGAGGAGCUCAUCCAGGCAGCCAGCAGUGUGCCUGCGGCCUGCAGGGCGACUGUGUGGAUCCACAGCUUUACUGCAACUGUGACGCCGACCGGAUGGAGUGGAGCGAAGAUUCGGGUUUUAUUUCCCAUAAGGAGAGCCUGCCGGUCCGAUCGCUGGUGCUCGGUGACGUUCAGAGGCCCGGUUCAGAAGCUGCUUACAGGGUGGGGUCGCUCCAGUGUCAUGGCGACAAAAACUUCUGGAAUGCGGCAUUUUUCGACCAGGAGACGUCGUACCUCCACUUUCCCACCUUCCACGGAGAGCUGAGCGCAGACGUCUCUUUCUUCUUUAAGACCACUGCUUCCUUCGGGGUGUUCUUGGAAAACCUGGGCAUCAAAGACUUCAUACGCAUCGAGUUGAGCUCCUCCACUCAGGUUGUUUUCUCCUUCGAUGUUGGAAACGGCCCACUGGAGGUUAGCGUUGAGUCGAGUUACCCGCUCAACGACGACCGGUGGCAUCGCAUCCGAGCCGAGCGGAACGUGAAGGAGGCGUCGCUCCGUCUGGACGACCUUCCAGUCGCCACCCAGGAGGCUCCAGCUGACGGACACAUCCACCUGCAGCUCAACAGCCAGCUCUUUAUAGGAGGCACGGCGUCCAGGCAGAGGGGUUUCAGAGGCUGCAUCCGCGCUCUGCAGCUGAACGGUAUUACUCUGGACCUGGAGGAAAGGGCAAAGAUUACGCCCGGCGUUCGGCCCGGCUGCCCGGGUCACUGCAGCAGCUACGGCUCGCUGUGCCAGAACCAGGGCCGCUGUGUGGAGAGAGCUGCUGGGUUCCACUGCGACUGCAGCCUGUCGGCUUACACUGGAGUCUUCUGCCAAACUGAGGUGUCAGCCGACUUUAAAUCUGGGACGUCGAUCAGCUACGCCUUCAAAGAGCCCGACGAGCUGAGCAGAAACAGCAGCGACCUGCCCUCCUCCAUCUACUCUGACCCGCUUCCCAGAGGAGAAAACGUCUCUCUGAGCUUCAGGACGACUCAGAGUCCAGCGCUGCUGCUCCACGUCAGCUCCCACUUCAACGAGUAUCUAGCUCUGCUCAUCAACAGGCACGAUGAGCUGGAGCUGAGGUACAAGCUUGACAGCAGCAGAGCUGCAGAGGUGCUGAGGAGCAGCAUGAGGGGGCUGGCCAACGGGCUGCUGCACGCCGUUACCAUCAGGAGGUCGGCUGACUCUGUGUCCAUGCAGGUCGACGAUAACGCCAGAGAGGACUUCAACCUGAGCUUCGCUGGAGAACUUGGCAGGCUCAGGUCUCUCGUUCUGGGCCGAGUGCCGGAUUCGGACUCCUUGGAUCCGGACCUGGCCCGGCUCGGCGCGCUCGGCUUCGCCGGCUGUCUUUCUGUGGUUCGGUAUAACUCCGUCAGCCCUCUGAAAGCAGCUCUGCUCCACCCAGGCACCAGCCCAGUCGUCGUCCUCGGACCUUUGGUCCGGUCCAGCUGCGGCUCGUCGGCUUCAGCCAAUCCCUACUCAGCUGAGAACACGCACCACCUGUCAGACCAGUCUGGUUCUGUUGGUUCUGGUCAGCCUCUGGUGAACGCCAUGAAGUCGGACUCGGCAUUAAUCGGAGGUGUCAUAGCGGUCGCCAUCUUUGUGAUCGUUACCGUCUUCGCCAUAACCGCCAGAUUCCUCUACAGGAGAAAAGAGACGUAUCGGAGUCGUGAGGUCAAGGCGGCCAAACAGGAAGAGAGCCAAGAUUUCCACUACAACAACCAGACUGACGGCCGGAAAAACGCCUCUGGUGAAAACUCAAAGGAGUUUUUCAUGUGAGCGGAGGCCGGCUGGGACGAUGCGCUGGUGUUCAUCCAGGAGGAGGCUGCGGACAGAACCGCGCCUCCGGACUUCACGCUGCACUACGAGCCAGUUACUCUCUUCCAUGGAUGCAAAAAUGGACUCGGAAAAACAUGGAACAGCACACAGUCUUGACCUUUACUGUAUAUUGUGUAAAUAUGGAGCAGAGGUGUUCAAAUCCUUGUUUAAGCAACUGUAAAUAUUAAAAAUGUAAAUGUGAACAUUGGUGAAAGGUGGUUUCAUGGAUUGUUUUAACUUUGUGUUUGUAAUGUUCCUGAUGUACGACGGAGCGUUAAGGCCAUGCUACAAAAUAAAAGCAUAUACAGUUACGAGAAUAAAGUCAGAAAACUGAAAUGUAUGAAAAAAAGUUAUAACA